AGUGACGGCCCCGCCAUGUCGGUGAUGGUGGCGAGGAAGAAGGUGGUUCGGAAAUGGGAGAAGCUGCCGGGCAGGAACACCUUCUGCUGCGACGGCCGCAUCAUGAUGGCCCGGCAGAAGGGCAUCUUCUACCUGACGCUCUUCCUCAUCCUCGGCACCUGCGCCCUCUUCUUCGCCUUCGAGUGCCGGUACCUGGCUGUGCAGCUGUCCCCGGCCAUCCCCGUGUUCGCCGCCGUCCUCUUCCUGUUCGCCAUGGCCACGCUGCUGAGGACCAGCUUCAGCGACCCCGGCGUCAUCCCCAGGGCCCUGCCCGACGAGGCAGCCUUCAUUGAGAUGGAGAUUGAGGCCACCAACGGGACGGUGCCGCAGGGCCAGCGCCCGCCCCCGCGCAUCAAGAACUUCCAGAUCAACAACCAGAUCGUGAAGCUCAAGUACUGCUACACCUGCAAGAUCUUCCGGCCGCCCCGCGCCUCGCACUGCAGCAUCUGCGACAACUGCGUGGAGCGCUUCGACCAUCACUGUCCCUGGGUGGGCAACUGCGUGGGGAAGAGGAACUACCGCUACUUCUACCUCUUCAUCCUCUCGCUCUCCCUCCUCACCAUCUACAUCUUCACCUUCAACAUCGUCUACGUAGCACUGAAAUCUCUGAAGAUUGGGUUUCUGAACACGUUGAAGGAAACCCCAGGGACGGUACUGGAGGUGCUGAUCUGUUUCUUCACGCUGUGGUCGGUGGUGGGGCUGACUGGGUUCCACACCUUCCUGGUGGCACUGAAUCAGACAACCAACGAGGACAUUAAGGGGUCCUGGACUGGGAAGAACCGCGUGCAGAAUCCCUACAGCCAUGGUAACAUAGUGAAGAACUGCUGCGAGGUGCUCUGCGGGCCCCUGCCCCCCAGUGUCCUGGACAGGAGGGGCAUCCUGCAGCAGGAGGAGAGCACAGCUCAGGAGGGGCCGUGCCCGCGGGCGCCCGGCACGCAGGAGCCCCCGGCCUCGCAGGGCCCUGGGCAGCCCCAGGAGGGGGCCAUGAAGCAGCAGGACGGCAGCAUUCCUCCCCCCAGCGCCGUCCCUGUGCCAUCUGUGAGUGACACCGAGAUGCCGGCGGAGAAGCAGCGAACGCCUGGGGAGCUCCCAGUGCCCCCCCUGGACGCUGGGCGAGCGGAGCACUAG